GAUCUUCUCAUCAUGUUGCGACUUCUCUCAACCCAUUCAAACCAUGUGUCUUUGUUAAAGUUCCAUCUGGUGAUGUCAAAGGAUUUGAAUCCUGCGUUGAAAUAUAUCCUGUUGUCUCCCAUAUUGUACUAAACCAACUGCUCAGCUUAUGAAAGUUAAAGUUUGUUUGGAAGUUAUCCCAGUGAGCUAGAAAAACUCGGAAAUGAAAGAGGAAAAAACCAGAGACAGAAAUCUGGAAGGUUCCUACCAACCGGAAAAAUAAAAGUUGUCGGAAUUCAGAAAGGAUUAUAUGGUUGUGGUCGGAAUUCCCCAGUGAGUGUGUUGUCUGAAUGAAAUUUUUUGAAAAAGUGGCCGGAAAAGUGCUCACGCGCCGGCGCGUGGCAUUGUCCUCGCCGGUGACAUGCUGCGCGUGGGGGCGCGUGGGUGUGAUUUACCGGAGCUAUUUUCAGGGGAGUGGUCGGAAUUUGAACGGCGCUUUAAUGGUGUAUAUGGAUUCACAGAAUACCUUGUUCUCAGGCUCCUCGGGGAGUGUGCCUGAGAGCUUUAAGAAAGGAGAGAGAAAUUUUUUUAUCUCUGCUUCACUUUCUUGAUUGCACUGGUUUGUUGUUGUUGUUUGAAGAAAAGAACACCAUGGAAACAAGGUACCCCAAUAGGAGGUACCAACUAGCUGGAGAAAAGGUUACUAUUAUUGGCACACUUACAUGUCCAAUGGUAGAGAGGAGUCUCUUAAGUUUGGUGAAAUUGUAUGACAACGUAGGGGAAGGAGUGAAAUUUAGACCAUUCUGAUUUUUAGAGAAUCUCUAUAUUGUCCAAAAGGACGAAGUGCGGUGUAGUGGAAUAAAUGGACCCAAAUGGAAUAGAGUGGAUAUAGAUUCAUAUAUCUGUCAAGUAGUUUUAGAUUGAACGAUAGCUGUUGUCAAAUGCUAUGAGGAAUUCUUAAUGUGAACACUGGCUAAAUGCUUCAGAAGUGGAAAAAUAAAUACUGAAGGAGUGUAUUUGGUAUUUCUCUGCAAUUGCCUGAGUUGACCUUUAUCUCGUGCAUCCAAGAACUGCUAGAGUCUAGAAAAAAGAGGGCAGCCCGGUGCAUUAAGCUCCCGCUAUGCGCGGGAUCCAAGGAGGGUCGGACCACGUUGGGUCUUAUAUGCGCAGCUUUACCUUGUAUUCUUCAAGAGGCUGUUUCCGCUCACAUGGCGGCAACUUUUACCAUUGUGCCAAGGCUCCCCUUCUAUUAAAGUGUAGAGUGAGGGAAAAAUUAGGUUGUUUAAAGUUUCAACAUGCACCAAAAAGAAAAGAGAGGUUAUAUGAGAGCUGCUUUACUGGUUGAGCAUCUUCCACUAUAAGAUUUUAUAUAGUAGAUAUGUAGUUGCUUGCCCUACUGUAGUACAGGUUUGACCUUUGUUAUGUGAUUGUAUUAUGUAUAUCUCUUCCAGAAAUUACUAUUUGAUCCCUUUGACGAGAUGAUCUCUAACUUAAUAUAUAUGGAGCUUCAGUUUACUCCUGUGGUGGUUUCCUAUGUGCCUUCUUUUCAUGAAUUCCUAUCUUCAGAAAAUAAGACUUCUUAUUACAGGAGAAUGGCUGGGAAAGCUGUGGUUAAGCAGCCAAUAUCUGCAUUCGACUUUGAGAUUGUUGAAGGUGUUUCCGAUAACCUUACAACUGUUGUGGCAUCUUCUAGCCAGAGUAGCCCAUGGAUUGACCCUGCAACUAUUAAACUUAGACAUAGAAUUGGAAGGGGUCUAUUUGGGGAUGUUUGGUUAGCAACUCGUCACCAAACCACUGCAGAUUAUGACGAGUAUCAUGAAGUAGCUGUGAAGAUGUUGCAUCCUAUGAAGGAGGAGAACAUCAAUGUUGUCUUAGAUCGGCUGGGAAAUUUGUUUACUCAGUGUCAAGAACUAAAACAUAUUUGCUGGCUUCAGGGGCUGUCUGUGAUAAAUGGAAAGCUAUGCAUUGUUAUGAAGUUCUAUGAAGGUUCUGUUGGUGAUAAAAUGGCUCGUGCAAAAGAAGGAAAGCUGUCCUUGCGAGAUGUUAUAAGGUAUGGGACUGAUCUUGCUCGUGGGAUAAUGGAGCUACACUCGAAGGAGAUCUUGAUUCUUAACCUUAAACCUUAUAAUUUCCUUUUGAAUGAAAAUGAUCAUGCAAUUUUGGGGGAUAUUGGGAUUCCUUAUCUGCUUCUUGGAGUUCCUUUGUUGAGUUCAGAUAUGUCAACAAGACUUGGCACCCCAAAUUACAUGGCUCCAGAACAAUGGCAGCCAGAAGUUAGGGGUCCCAUAUCUUUUGAGACAGAUUCAUGGGGAUUCGGUUGCAGCAUUGUGGAGAUGCUGACUGGUUCUCAGCCAUGGAGUGGUAAAUCAGUUGAUGAAAUAUUUAAAUCUAUUGUAAAGAGACAAGAGAAACCACAUAUUCCUGGAGGCCUCCCUCCUGCGGUUGAAAGUGUCAUAGUUGGUUGUUUUGAGUAUGAUUUCAGGAAUCGCCCUCUGAUGGGAGACAUAUUGCAUGCAUUUCUAAGUUCACAGGAAGCAGCUUAUGGCGAUGAGGGAUGGAGAGACCCGGGGAGUCGGGUUAACUUGGACAAAUUAAGUGGAAGUGGCUAUAGCAAGUGGUUGGUCCUAAAGGAUCAGCUUCAAAUUGGAGACACUGUGAGAUCCAGGAAGCCACCAAACUCAUGUAAACCUGAAAACAUGGAGGUACCAGGCGGUACCAUUGUUGGCAUGGAACGAGAUACGGAACGAAAUGGAUUUGUGCUGGUGAGGGUGCAUGGAAUCCAUGAUCCUCUUAGAGUUCAUGGAUCGACAUUGGAGCGGGUGACAUUUGGCUUGGCUGCAGGAGAUUGGGUACGUUUGAAGGCGAACGGUAAGAAACAUUCAUCGGUAGGCAUCCUUCACUCCAUUGAUCGUGAUGGAAGUGUAGCUGUUGCAUUCAUAGGUUUGGAGACCUUUUGGAAGGGUAACUGCUCCGAGCUUCAGAUGGCAGAAGCUUACUGUGCUGGACAGUUUGUAAGGCUGAAGCCUGAUAUCUUCAGUCCGCGCUUUGAAUGGCCCCGAAAGAGAGGUGGUGACUGGGCAACAGGUAGAAUUUGUCAGGUGCUACCUAAUGGGUGUCUUCUUGUGAACUUUCCUGGUAUGCUGGUGUUUGGUGAUGAAAAUAGCAGCUUUUUGGCUGAUCCAGCGGAAGUUGAAAUCGUUUCUUUUAACGCUUGCCCUGGUAUUGUGAAGAAGUAUCAACACCUUGAGGACUUCCACUGGGCUGUUAGACCACUGUUGAUUGCGUUAGGCCUAUUUACUGCUAUGAAGCUUGGCCUUUUUGUUGGCAAGAAAGUCAGGAGAUCAAAGGUGAAGACGGGACGCAACCCGGUGAUACCCUUUGAAGGUCAACAAGGGGAUGCUCAAAAUGCUAGCAAUGCAGCAUGGCUUCCGCCAAAGGUGGCAAAUAUCAUAUUCAGAGAAGGGGCUAGUGUAACAACCACCUCUAGGUAGUUCUUAGUCUCUACCAAUGCCAAGCUAAGAGGAUUGCACUAACAUCUACUGGAAGUUGGAUGACCUAUUUGCGACCUUGGCUUUAGAGAAUGCAAAAAUUCUAUGAUAAACAAGUGUUUAAAGAUCUGUAAAUAGAUGGAUGGCUGUAAAUACACUUUUACUGUUUAUGUAUAUAUAUAUAUUUCCUCCAUUAUAUGACA